AUGACUUCAACCCUUGCCGCUAAGCAACGGCCGCUUCCAGAGGGAGUCUAUUGCCCUGUUGUCUCGUUAUAUCGCUCGACAACUCGGCAAGAGAUCGACUUGGAAUCCUCUCACCAGUACUUUUCUUACCUGAUUCGCGGCGGCGUUCAUGCUCUCGUUCUUAGCGGCACCACGGCAGAGGCAGUUCUUCUUUCUCCUACGGAAAGGCAAGAUCUCAUCAGGGCGGCUCGAAAAGCGGCACUCGAUCUCGGUUUGAACAACUAUCCCCUGGUCGCUGGUAUCAGCGGGCAGUCCACAAAUGAAUCGAUCCGACUCGCAGAGGAUGCAAAGGCCGCGGGUGCUGACUUUGGUCUGCUCCUCCCUCCGAGCUAUUGGUCAAAAGCGGUCACGAAAGAUGUGAUAUUGGAAUUUUAUCGAGACGUAGCGGACGAGAGCCCUAUCCCUGUUGUCGUUUACAAUUUCCCAGGCGUGACAAGCGGUAUCGAUCUGAAUUCGGAUGUUCUCUCGGAACUUGCGAAGCACCCUAACAUCGUGGGCGUCAAAUUGACCUGUGGAAAUGCGGGAAAGGUGACCCGCUUGACCCAGGAGUUCAAGCACGAACAGUUUGGAGUGUAUGCAGGACAAUCAGACUGGCUUGUCCCCUGCUUGGCGGGCGGUGGCCAGGGUUGCGUUACAGGCAUCGGGAACGUGUUCCCAAAAUCCGUCUGUCGUCUAUACAACUUGUGGAAAGAGGGAAAGGUACAAGAGGCUGCAGAAUUGCAAGGCCUGGUUGCUCAGGCAGAGAAGGCAUGCAAGGAAGGAAUUGCCGCCACGAAAUACGGCGCUGGGUACUUUGCAGGCCCAUUAGCUGGUGUGAAUGAUCCAACUAGCUUUCACCCGCGACGACCGUACAAGCCCGCGGGCAAGGAGAUGCAGAGUUGGAUCGUCAAUGUUAUGAAGCAUCUUGUCGAGGUCGAGAAUUCGAUACCGGACGCUUAUCCAGGAAAGCCUCCGGCCCAGGUCAAUGGAUCAAGCAAGCAUUAGAUAGGCAUCUACAAAUU